AUGCCUUUAACUGCUGAUGAAAUCAUACAAACGCUACAGCUAAUACCUCAUCAACAAGGGUCGUUCUUCAAGGAAACUUUUCGAGACGACGGCGUCAUUGAUACUCAAAAAGAAGGAUGUCAGAGGAGUAUUUCCUCAUGCAUUUACGUUUUGCACACCAAGGAACGGCCUAUGACUCGAUUUUUAAGAUUACAUACUAAUGCAAUCCAUUUCUUUCACUCCGGAUCACCACUUUGUAUUCUUUGCAUCGAUGAAAAUGGCAAAAUGGAAAAACACGUACUUGGAAAUGAUAUCGCUCGUGGUCAGAGGCCACAAGUAUUGGUGAAAGCUGGAUACUGGAAGGCCAUGUAUUUAGAAGAAGGGGACUACGAUUAUAGUUUCAUUAGCGAAACGGUCGCGCCUGGCUUUGAUAUGAGGGAUAUGGAUUCUGGAACAGCCGAUGUCAUUCAAAGUCAAUUUCCUCAUCUAUGGGAAGAUAUAAAACAGUAUUGCUUAUAA